CUGAAUGGGCCGGUGGCGCGCCAUCUCGUGCACUGAUUUUUUUCCCCUCUCACCCCGUCCAUUACCAGGGCAGCGCAUGAGCGCUAUAAAUAAGCCACGGGGCAUCCACUCCUCGGCAACAAAGCACAAGCUGAUUUCUUGAAGCUUUCGAGCUCGAGCCAGCAACACAAGUACACAACACAAGAGGUGACGGAAUAGAGCAAGCGAUGGGGAGAAGCUGUGAGCAAUGGCGAGAGCGGGAGCUGGUGCUUGCUCUUGCCCUCCUCGUGCUCGCGUUCGCUCUCGUGCAGUGCGCGGGUGUUGUCGACGGAGAGGAGGGUGAGGGUGGCCGUCCGGCGGAGGCAGAGCCCGCGACGGAGCAGACGGGGCCGCCGCUGCCUCCCGGGUGGACGGGCGACUCUGGGUCCGCGCAUGGGUCAACCCCUGGCGGCGGUUCUUGGGAGUAUGGCUGGGGUUGGGCUGCCGGGCCUGACGGGAAGGGUGGCGGGUUCGGGUUUGGUUAUGGAGGCAGCGGAGGCGAAGGCGGCGGUGGAGGUGGUGGUGGCGGAGGAGGAGGUGGUGGUGGUGUAGGAAGUGGGAAGGCGUUUGGUUUCGGCAUUGGUGGGUAUAAAGGCCACCAUGGCGGCUUUGGAGGUGGUGGCGGCGGCGGGGGCCGUUCUGGCAGCUACGGUGGUGGCUUCGGUGGUGGCAGCGGGGGUGGCGAUGCUGGUGGCUUCGGUGGAGGUGAUGGUGGUGGGCAGCAUGGAGAAGGUGGCAACGGCGGUGGAGGAUAUGGUGGCGACGCUGGUGGUUUUGGCGGUGGCGGCGCUGGUGGAUACGGCAGCUCUGGUGCCGGUGCAGGAGACGGUGGUGAGCCGCAUCACGGCCAACCUGGCAGCGGCGAUGGAGAUGGGGCUGGAUACAAGGGACUCUACGGCGGCGGAGCCUGGAGCAAGCGCGGCCACUUCCGCGGCGGAAGGUCAGCGCACAAGGACGGUGGCGACAACAACUGAAGCUGCCCGUCGUUGUCUGCAACCGUAUGCUGAAUUGCUGAUAACUGGCAAUGGCAGAAAUAUGUCUGGUCCAGAAAUCACGGAAAUAUGUAGCUAUGCGCGAUGUAGUAUAGUGCCUCUAUGGUGUUAUCAACCGUGCUUCUCGUCACAACGCAUAAGCUUCCUUAUGCAGAGUGUUGAAUACUAGGUGUAAGGAGCUUCAGCUAGUGCAGCAGAGGCUGCAGAGCUAUAUGAUGCUCCUGGGGGCUAUGCAACAGAUGCUUGGCUGAUGCAAGUGCAAAUCCCUCCUGUCCCUGAUGUACAAUAAACCAUCAGAGAAGGUAUUGCCAAUUUGCUACAGAGAAAAAUAGUUCCCCCCUACUGGCA